CGAACUUUAAAUCAGCUAUUAAAGAGCAUAAAACUUUCAACAGGGUUCUUAAUUAAGAGGACCUUUAGAUAAUACAAGCCUUGUUCGGAAUUGACAAAUUUUAAUCUGGAGAAAUUCGAGGAAAAAUGGCAAGCAGCCUACUUAGUCCGGGUUUAGCGGCGACCUCAAAGGUCAUUGACGAAAUCAAAUCGAAUAACUAUCGGGUAUCCACUGUGAUGGAUAUCAAAAAUGACACCAAAUAUAACUUGGUAAGUGGGUCCAUCUUUGCUGUGAAUGGAAGUGUGUUGCAAUCACCACUUGUGUUGAAGUCUAAUUCUAGUGACUUUGUAGCUACAAGAAAAACAUGGGGGUUAGCGAAAGGGACGCAUGGAAUACUGAGCUAUACUUUCGAAAACAACCCAGAUAAGAAGAUUGUUGUUUUAUGGUCGGCUCCUUUCAACUUCGAUUUUUACAAAAACCGUCUUGGGGUUGGGAUUACCACAGAUUCCAAAGAUAUUGACAUACAACUAUUUGAUCAAAUGAUAAAGGAUAAACCCAUUGACAGUCUCACGUAUAAAAUAGACAAGUUUAAAAGUGCGAGAAUGGUUCCAGUUAUUGCUAAAUACGAAGAUGUGGUUGUUGAAGGAACAAUGUCAUCAGACCAUAACGCCUAUGUGAAGAUACACAUUCGAUCAGAGAGUGGUUAAUACACUUUUAAAUUUCUAACGCAUUUGUAUUUGCUUUAUCAUGCUCUUUUUUUGUAUUUAACCCUUAGGCUGCAGAUGGCAAUUUUAAAGGCUUUGCAAACAGCUUGGGACCAGACCAGACACGGAGUAACUCGGCGCCUGGUCAGGUUCCAAGCUGUUUGCCACUCAGUCAAUAUAUCCCCAAAGUUUUAAGUAAAUUGAAAGAAAUUUAGAAUAAACCAGACGACAUUUUUGAGCAGACGACAAUUUACCCAGCAUGCAAAGGGUUAAUUGUAAUUGUAUGUUAAAAUGAUAAAGUGACUUCGAUUUUUACCAGUAAAAUAAAUUAAUGUCUAAACGAUUGAGCCGCGAUAUUCAUGCAACUUCAUAUUUAUGCAAUUUUACUAAGGACGACGUCAUGAUAGUUAUUAUCAAAUUCAAUGCCAUUCGGAACUCCUUGGCAAUAUUCCAUCGAAAUAACAUGGGAUGUAUAUGGACGGUUUACAAUGCCAGAAAUUUUAUUAUUUAACUACGCUGCAAGUAGUAAUUGAAUGGCGGGUAGUUAUUUCAAUUUAACAGUUUAACUUUAAGAUUUCACACUUUGGGAUCUUUAUUAUCUAUGCAUUUAUUCACUACACUGGUAAUAAUUUUAAACUUGGAUAUACAAAAUACAAGUUACAACACUACAAUUAAUUUAUACUAUUAUUUAAAAGUUUACGAACUGUUUAUACUGAUGUACCGGCAUAUAUCUGAGGUUGCUUUCGUUUCCUUGUUUUUAGGCAUAAUGACAAACAUGGUUGUCUAGGACAUUACCUAUUGGAGUAUGUACUCACAUAUGGAUUUCACAAAUAUGUACAGGGAUGGAAUUGCAGAAUAUAAUCGACCUGCAAUGCAUUUUCUUAACAUUACUGUGAAAUCAUAAAUGUUCGAGAGCCAUUAAUGUUAGUGGUUUUCGUGGGUUGGGUGAUACACGAAUUCAAGAUUCCACGAAAUAUAGACCCUUAAUUCACUUUUUGAAUUGUCUUGUUAUGUACAUACUCUAGUAUAUUCUUUACCGAACUCACUGUAUAUCUUACUAUUAACGUUUUGUUAAUUUAUUAUA